AUGGAGUGGUCUGACAAAUACGGCGAGGAAGGCAUCUUUGAGUACAAUCUCGCUGGCUCUCGGACGGUCUGCUGCUGCAGCUGGGAGCACGCCAAGGUAGUUCUUGGUCUGCGCCCUUUCAAGAUGCAGAGAUUCAGUGCAUUAUCAAAUGCCUCCUCGAUCGUCGCAGGCAGCUUCUUUUCCGAGGGAGAGCGUUGGAAGCGGGAGCGGCGAAUCCUUUCCCCUGCCUUCAACGCAAAGAACGUAGAGAGCCUUAUCCCUUCUGUGCAGUGCGUGGCAGAGCAACUCCUCCAGGAGAUAGACAAAGAGAUUUCAGCCGGAAAGGAAGUGGACUUUUCAGCCCUCCUGCCGUUGUACACGGCAGAUGUGAUAUGCAAGACUGCUCUUGGACAGGAGCUGAAUUUGUUGCAGACCAGGUGCCCUGACCUCAUCGAUGAUAUGAAGGUCCUGGAAGAUGCCGUGCAGACGCGCAUGUUUGCCCCCCUGCCCUACUGGAAAGUACCGGGUCUGGCUCCGUGGAUUGAUGACGGGGACAAAAUCAAGAAGAAAUUCGACAAGCGCUGUCAGCAGACUAUGAAGCUAGCGGACAGCGGCGGCAAGAGCAUCACGGAGAAGCUGAGGGCAAUGGAAGGCGACAAGUUCACAAACCAGGAGCUGUUGGACAACAUCCUCAUCUUGCUCAUUGCCGGGACGGACACAACAAGCCAGGUUUUGGGGUGGGUUUUUUACCACCUGUCCAGGGAUCAAGAGCUGCAGAAGCAGGUGGCACAAGAAGUCCGCUCACUGCCGGAAGGGGAGCUUUCCACUGAGCAGCUAGAGUCGCUACCCUUGGUUCGCGCAGUGUGGUUGGAGACGCUUCGGGUCACAGGACCAGCCGCAUUUCUUGCAUUCGAGAACCUGGAAGAAUUCACAUUGGUGGGCAAGAGGCAGCCGCCCAGAACGCAGUUCGCUAUUCCAUUCCAGUACAUCCUCGAGAAUGAUCCUGAGGUCAAGAAGAAGCUUGGGAAUGACCUGCGCUGCUACCGCCCUUCCCGAUGGCUUGGACCAGAGGGCAUCAUCAAACAUCCGCCAUUCGACACGCUUUCUUUUGGGUUCGGGCCUCGCAUUUGCCUUGGGAUGCGCUUGGCAGAGUACGAGGGCCUUCUUGCCAUUGCCAGAGUUGUCCAGAGGUUUUCCUUCAUGCCGUGGGAGAAGCCAGAGCCUGAAACGACCCUCAGCUUUACAUCCAACACGCCAGUUGAGCACAUCACCAUCGGUGUGCAGCCACGGACUUGGUAA